UCUCUUUUCUCUAAAACUCCCUCCAUUUUAACCCUCUCCCAUUUUCUCUUUCCUCAGAUCUCAACCUCUUCUUCCUCCUCACUUCCGUCCAAUUCCUAAUUUCCCACAGCAUCUCCCAAUCUUCAGAAAUGGGGAAGCAAUCCAGGGGCAAGAAAUCAGAGAAUUUGGGGAAGGGAAAGGUCACCCCGGUCCAAAUCGCCUUCAUAGUCGACCGCUACCUCUGCGACAACAACUAUUCGGAAACCCGUUCUGUUUUCAGAACCGAGGCUUCGUCUCUCAUCGCCAAAUCUCCGAUUCGAGAGGCGCCGAAGAGCUUGCUGAGCUUGGCUGAGAUUUUGGACGAGUACAUACGGUUGAAGGAGCAGAAGGUGAUUUUGGAUCAGGAGAAGGUCCGAGUGGAGCAGGAGAAGACCCGGGUCCAAACCCUGUUGAAGGGAAUGCAAAGCGUGAUGAAUACAUACAAUGCCGGUGGAAGCCCCUCCAUCUCUACAGCUCCGGCUGUGGCUCCGAAACCGAUGCUCCUGGCUCCUCCAUCUCACCCGUCUAAUGGGUCCGCUGCAGGGCUUCUAAUGCACCAAACGCCAGUUGCUCCUCCUGUGACCACACCUUCCAACCCCAACAUGAGGCCUGGAAAUUUCCGCUCUCCAAUAACAAUCUACCCACCUACAACAAAGAGAAAGAGUUCAAAGGUGGAUGCUUCGAAUGCUGCUAAGAGAUAUCGCUGCAAAUUACCUGCUGGCAAGAGCAAUAUGCACAACAGAGGUGGAGGAGCAGUUUCUGGAUCAGAUAAUGGGCUUGAUAAUCAGGAAUCUGUCCAGCACUCUUUGGAUGUUCAAUCAUCACCUCACAAUAUGGUUCCCAAUGGCUCCACCGUGGAGAAAUGCUUGUUCAACCAGGCAUCAUUGUCUGUCCCAACCAAUAACUCUGGUCCUCGGACACCUCAGCGAGCAAAUUCAAUUCAAAGCGACAACUCUACACCACCUUUUGAGAUUUCUUCCAGUGCUACCUGCAGUUAUAACAAUUCUCCUCCAGACGUAAACCCAACUUGCACCAUAUUCUCUUCAAAGAGAGUGAUUCUGAGCCCGAACAAAGCUUGCUACACUGUGGAAACAAACCAUUGCAUUUCUUCACCUGCCAAGACAAGUAAGAGGGAGUCCCAUGUAAAGGGGAGGCUCAAUUUUGAUUGUUCUGAUGUGCCAAUGAGCUUCGAGAAACCAACUGGCAAUGAGAUUUCAUCACCUGAAUCUGAAAAGGAAGUUGAUCUUUUUGACAUCGAUUUGACGAACUUUGAUGCCAUUGGGGCGGAUUUCUCCUUCACUGAACUGUUAGGUGAAUUUGAUCUUCAUUGUGAAGAACUUGGUCUGCCAAACUUUGAUGCUUCCACUGCGACGGUUUCAGGGUCAUCUUAUGAAUCUGCGGAUGGUAAUGUGGGGGUCAAUCAAUUUAUGUCAGAAUUUACAUCAACUAUGACAGAAGUACUAUCAGAGAAGGACAUGAAUGCGCAAGGAUCUGAUCCUCUGACUGCGAUGAAGUCUGUGACGAAAUGUAUUAGAAUUAUAAGCCCUGUGAAAAAUCGUGGAAGCUCUGAGGCUUAGGAGAAUUGUACUGCAAUGACCUGACUGUUUUUUGGAACGACCUCCUCGGAAAGAUUUCUAAUUAUGUUAACCAUUCAAAACCAUUUUAGAAGCUUUACUAGAGUUGCUAUAGCAUUAGACAACUCACGUUCCUGGGAAAUACUUGUAAUUUUGUAGUUAAUAUGCCCUGGUUGUAGUCCUGGGCUUAAUUAGGCUAAUGGCUUGUACUUAGUUUUGUUUCAUGUAAGUCUCUCUCCUCGAGUAGGAAGGAUUGUUCAUAUUUAACAAGGGCUACUUUUGACUUUCAAAAUUUCAGCAAAAACAAAAUAUAAAGUCCCAAGUCUUUAAUUCAUUGUUCUUCUUGAGAAAAAGUUCGCAUACAACUUUAUCUUCACAAAACAAAAUUAAAUCUCUUUGUUGUCACAUUUUGAUCAUGCUAAGUAC